UAAAAAAAAUUGAAAGCAAUAAUUGUCAUUUUUAAUCAGAAGCUGCGAAAACGGUUCUUGAUCAGCAGUUCUUCGCCUGAGAGUUUUUUCAGAGCAAAAUUUCCGGCAUGGAAGUCGUGGCUUCGAUUGUCAGUGGAGCGGUCGUAGAAACUGGUCGGCCUCUCUGUGGCUCUAUCUAUUCUACGAUCAAGAAAAUUGUCAAAGGCCCAGUACAACAGCUUGAUCUAUUGGAAAGCCAUAUGAAAUCCCUUAUGGUUCGUAGAGAUGAUGCAGCAAAAGAAAUGGAAUUUGCUGAGAGAGAAGGAAGGGUAAUAAAAGGUCAAGCCACUGCGUGGGUUGGGGAGGUUGACGAGCUGAAGCGUAAGUGUGAUCAGAUUCAAGAAGCAAAGAGUUCCCGAUGUUUCUUAAGUUGCAUUACUAAGCGGUAUAGAAUAAGCACGAAGGUGGCAGAACAUCUCAAAGAGAUAGAAAGGCUUUUAGAAGGGGGCAGUUCCCUUGCUGGUUCCGUGGCUUUUAAUUAUUCAGAGGUCAAAGAAGUGGAGCAUAUUCCUGGACCUUCAAUUCAAGAUCAAACAGCAUCAGUAUCAGAAGAUGUAGACAAAAUUAUGACUCUAUUGUCUGAAGAUAAAAACAGGAUAAUUGGUAUAUGGGGGAUGGGAGGCGUCGGCAAAACUAAUCUGGUGAGAAAUUUGAACAAUGAGCUGCUCGAAAAUAAUUCAAAUAUGCCUUUUAGAUGUGUACUAUGGGUUACAGUGUCCAAAAAUUUGGACAUAAAAAAGCUCCAGAUGGAAAUAGCGUCCAGACUGGGUUUGAAUGAUCUGAAAGAAAGUUCGGGAGCGGAUAGAAUAGCUAUUCAACUUCAUCGAAGACUAAAGGAGGAAAGUUUUCUUCUCAUUCUCGAUGAUGUUUGGAAGAAAAUUGAUUUGGACAAAUUGGGUGUCCCACGGCCUGAAGAUCAUAGGGGUUGUAAGAUCAUAUUGACAUCUAGAUCUUUGGAUGUAUGUAGGGAUAUGCUGACUGAUGUUGAAGUUAAAAUGAGCGUUUUGAGGGAUGAAGACGCUUGGCAACUAUUUAGUCGGUAUGCGACGGAUGUGGUUAGUUCAGAUCAUAUCACACCAUUUGCAAAGGCAAUUUGUAGAGAGUGUGAGGGAUUGCCUUUGGCCAUCAUCACCAUGGGAGCUGCAAUGAGAGGAAAGAAGAAUCCUGAGGUAUGGAAACAUGCUUUGAAUCAAUUGCGAAGAUCGGUGCCUUGUGCAGCAGGCGUUGAGGAGGAGCUCUAUAAGCCUUUGAAGUGGAGUUACGACUCAUUAGAAGGUAAAGACUUGAAAACUUGUUUCCUUUACUGCUCUUUGUUUCCAGAGGACUUCUCAAUUAAAAUAGAUGAACUAGUAUGGUACUGGCUGGCGGAAGGUUUGAUAGAUGAUCGAGAAAAGUAUGAUGAUUUCUACAGUAGAGGAAUUAGUUUGAUUGAAAAUCUGAAGGACUCCUGUUUGUUGGAAGACGGUUCCUCAGAGGGCACCGUGAAGAUGCAUGACGUUGUUCGUGAUGUUAGCAUAUGGAUUGCAUCAACCUGCAGUGAGGAUGGAAGUAAAUCCCUUGUUCGUUCAGGGAAUGGGUUGAAAGAGAUUUCAGCUACUGAGCUAUCAAGUUCUCUCAAAAGAGUUUCUUUCAUGAACAACGAUUUAGAAAGACUACCUGAUGACUCUGUGAUACAAUGUUCAGAGGCAUCAACUUUGCUACUAGAAAAUAAUUCUCGCCUUGACUUAAUUCCUGAAAGAUUUUUGGAAGGAUUUGAAGCACUGAGAGUCUUGAAUAUCAGUGGGAUCCGCAUCAAGUCAUUGCCCGUUUCUCUACUUCAACUGGAUGAUCUCCGUGCUCUUCGUUUGAAUAAUUGCAAGUAUCUCGAAAAAUUGCCCUCGCUGGAAAGGCUCAGUAGACUUCUAGUGCUUGAUCUCUCUGGGACUUGUAUCAGAGAAUUGCCAAGAGGGUUGGAGCAACUCUGCAACUUAAGGCAUCUAAACUUAUGUCGGACUGACGGACUGUUUCAAGCGGUUCAAGCUGGAAUCAUAUCCAAGUUGUCUAGUUUAGAAGUUCUAGACAUGUCAGAAAGUGGCUACAUUUGGAAAUUGAAGGGAGGGGUGAAUGAGGAACAAGCAUGCAUUGAAGAGCUCCAAUGCCUAGAGCGGUUACAAGUCUUAUCCAUCAGAUUGAAAUGGAACCCGUCUCACAGUUCCCAAGAUACAAUUAUUUCCUUGACAAAUAGAUUAAAAGCUUUCCAAAUUGCCAUCGUAUCUCCUCUACCAGGUGGACCAUUCCUUUCAAUUCCGUAUAGGGUAUAUACUAAGCAAUUAAGGAGAAAUCUACUCGUGCCACCUCUAUCUCAACCAUCGCGAGCCCAAAGAUGCGUGCUUAUGGAUGGGAUUGAUCUCUCGGGAGGACAGAUCAGGUGCUGGUUGAGUAAUGCAAGUUAUCUACGCUUAAAAAGUUGUCUAGGACUGGAUGAGAUGCUACAAGACUUGGUCAUUAAUAGUGUUGGCAGCUUUGCAUGUUUAAAAAAUCUUGUGAUUUGUUGCUCUCACAGCAGUUUUUGGAUUGAAGGACGUACAGCACAGUAUGACCUACUACCCAAUUUGGAGGAACUUCAUCUGAUAGAAUUUGGAGGCGUUGAAAGCAUUUCAGAACUAAUCAAGCAUCUCGGGCUGACAUUUCAGAGACUGAAAACAAUAAUUGUGAUCGACGGUGGGGAGAUGAAAUAUCUUCUCUCCCUUGGAAACUCCAUUCGCACAAUGCCAAACUUAGAAGAAAUCGUGGUAAGAAGUUGUUACAAUUUAGAAGAGCUCUUCAAUUAUCUUCCAUUGCAUGAGAUCAAUAUAGCUCCAGAUCCUAUUACCCCAAAACUACAGAAAUUGAAAUUGGAGAACCUUCCCAAAUUAAGGAAUCUUUGUUGGGACGAAAAGACCUGGCCGGGUAAUAAAGUGGAGGUUGACGUGCGCAACUGCAAUCUUUUGAGCACUGAGCAAUAAUGAGAUGGAAACUAGUUGGAGGGAAAUGCAUUGGAGCCGAAUGCAUGCAGGCGACACUAAAUAAUAUUUUACGUGUUUUUGUUGGAGUGAGGUGUGCAAUAUAUGUAUAUAUAUAUAUAUAUAUAUAUAUUUUUUUUUUUACUUAAUGUAUAA